UCGCCCUCCCCCACCCCGGGCCCCGUCAGCGCGGGGGUGCCUUCGUCGCGCAGCGUCGCGUCGGCCCGGUGCGGCCGGGCCAGCGGGCAGAUGCCCCGAGCUGCCGCUGUCGCCGCCGCCGACUUGGCCGGUGGCGGUGUGGGAGGCGGACGCCCCACCCGGGGCCGCUGAGUGUGACCGGCGGGGCCGGGGGCCGCGGGGCGCCCCGGCGUUGGCGGCUGCGUGCGGACCAUGUAUUUCCUGAGCGGCUGGCCCAAGAGGCUGCUCUGCGCGCCGGGGAGCCCGGCCGAGGCGCCUUUCCACAUCCAGUCGGACCCGCAGAGGGCUUUCUUCGCCGUGCUGGCCCCGGCCCGCCUCAGCAUCUGGUACAGCCGACCUAGUGUGUUAAUUGUAACCUACAAGGAACCUGCAAAAUCAUCAACACAGUUUGGAUCCUACAAACAAACUGAAUGGAGGCCAGAUAGUACCAUGAUAGCAGUGUCAACAGCAAAUGGCUACAUCUUAUUUUUUCAUAUUAUAUCUUCAAGAGGGGACAAGUACCUUUACGAGCCAGUAUAUCCCAAGGGAAGUCCACAAAUGAAGGGGAUGCCUCACUUUAAGGAAGAACAGUGUGCUCCAGCAUUAAAUUUAGAGAUGAGCAAAAUAUUGGAUUUACAAGCGCCCAUCAUGAGUUUGCAGUCUGUACUGGAAGAUCUCCUGGUUGCUACUUCUGAUGGAUUUCUUCAUCUUAUUCACUGGGAAGGAAUGACAAAUGGAAGGAAAGCUAUUAAUCUUUGCACAGUACCCUUUUCAGUUGAUCUACAGUCAUCUAGAGUAGGUUCAUUCCUUGGCUUUACAGAUGUGCACAUCAGAGAUAUGGAAUACUGUGCCACACUUGAUGGGUUUGCUGUUGUGUUUAAUGAUGGUAAAGUUGGAUUUAUUACACCAGUAUCAAGUAGAUUUACUGCAGAGCAGCUUCAUGGAGUUUGGCCACAAGAUGUUGUUGAUGGAACGUGUGUAGCAAUAAAUAACAAGUAUCGAUUAAUGGCAUUUGGAUGUGCAAGUGGUUCUGUACAGGUUUAUACAAUAGAUAACACCACUGGAGCUAUGCUGCUAUCUCAUAAGUUAGAGCUUACAGCAAAACAAUAUCCUGACAUUUGGAACAAAACAGGAGCUGUUAAAUUGAUCAGAUGGUCUCCUGACAAUAGUGUUGUGAUAGUGACCUGGGAAUAUGGUGGCCUUUCUCUAUGGAGUGUGUUUGGAGCCCAGCUGCUUUGUACACUUGGAGGAGAUUUUGCUUACAGAUCUGAUGGUACCAAAAAAGAUCCCCUUAAGAUCAACUCUAUGAGCUGGGGUGCAGAAGGCUAUCACCUAUGGGUAAUCAGCGGAUUUACUUCUCAACCCACUGACAUUGAUGCUGACAUCAGGAAUAUCAUUAAACAGCCUAGCAUUCUGCUGUUUCAGUUUAUCAAGAGUGUACUUACUGUAAACCCUUGUAUGAGUAACCAAGAGCAGGUAUUGCUUCAGGGAGAGGAUCGCUUAUACUUGAACUGUGGUGAGGCAUCACAAGCCCAGAACCCCAAGAGUUCUUCACACUCCCAGCUGAAGCCCAGCAGAGAAAAGAGCCCAUUUACAGAUGGAGGUUUUGAGUCUCAGGGUUUAAGCACUUUACUUGGACAUCGACAUUGGCAUGUUGUACAGAUUUCCAGUACCUAUCUAGAAAGCAAUUGGCCUAUACGGUUUUCAGCUAUUGAUAAACUUGGACAGAACAUUGCUGUGGUUGGCAAGUUUGGUUUCGCACAUUACUCUUUACUCACCAAAAAAUGGAAACUUUUUGGAAACAUUACUCAGGAGCAAAAUAUGAUUGUGACUGGUGGCUUAGCAUGGUGGAAUGAUUUUAUGGUCCUUGCUUGUUAUAACAUAAGUGAUCGCCAGGAAGAGCUCAGAGUAUACUUACGAACAUCCAAUCUGGACAAUGCUUUUGCUCAUGUCACCAAGGCACAAGCAGAAACAUUACUGCUUAGUGUCUUCCGGGACAUGGUAAUAGUAUUUAGAGCAGACUGUUCAAUUUGCCUUUACAGUAUUGAAAGAAAAUCUGAUGGUUCAAAUACUACUGCUGGUAUUCAGGUUCUUCAGGAGGUCUCCAUGUCACGCUACAUUCCUCAUCCUUUCCUUGUAGUAUCUGUCACUCUGACAUCAGUGAGUACAGAGAAUGGAAUCACCUUGAAAAUGCCACAACAGGCUCGUGAUGCAGAGAGCAUAAUGCUGAAUCUUGCAGGACAGCUCAUCAUGAUGCAGAGGGAUAGGUCAGGCCCUCAGAUUCGGGAGAAGGACAGUAACCCUAACCAAAGGAAACUUCUGCCAUUCUGUCCUCCUGUUGUACUUGCCCAGUCUGUUGAAAAUGUCUGGACAACAUGUCGAGCAAAUAAACAAAAACGUCAUCUUCUAGAGGCCCUCUGGCUGAGCUGUGGCGGUGCAGGGAUGAAAGUCUGGCUUCCACUCUUCCCUAGGGAUCAUCGCAAGCCCCAUUCCUUCUUGUCCCAGCGGAUCAUGCUGCCUUUCCAUAUCAACAUUUACCCCCUGGCAGUUCUCUUUGAAGAUGCAUUGGUCCUUGGUGCUGUUAAUGACACUUUACUCUAUGAUUCUUUGUACACUCGGAACAGUGCUAGGGAGCAUCUGGAGGUGCUCUUCCCUUUCUGUGUUGUGGAGAGAACCUCCCAGAUCUACCUCCACCACAUUCUACGUCAACUUCUGGUUAGAAACCUUGGGGAGCAAGCCUUGCUUCUGGCUCAGUCCUGUGCUGCAUUACCUUACUUUCCUCAUGUGCUGGAGCUCAUGCUCCAUGAAGUGCUAGAAGAAGAAGCUACCUCACGGGAACCUAUUCCCGACCCACUACUUCCCACUGUGGCAAAGUUUAUCACCGAGUUCCCCCUUUUCCUGCAAACAGUUGUACAUUGUGCUAGGAAGACUGAAUAUGCCCUGUGGAAUUACCUUUUUGCAGCUGUUGGAAACCCUAAGGACUUGUUUGAAGAAUGUUUAAUGGCUCAGGAUUUGGACACAGCUGCCUCUUACCUUAUUAUUUUACAGAAUAUGGAAGUCCCAGCAGUAAGUAGGCAGCAUGCUACCCUUCUGUUCAACACAGCACUGGAACAAGGCAAGUGGGACUUAUGUCGACACAUGAUUCGAUUUCUUAAAGCCAUUGGCUCUGGAGACUCCGAGACCCCUCCAUCCACACCUACAGCUCAGGAACCAAGUUCAAGUGGUGGAUUUGAAUUCUUCAGGAAUAGAAGCAUCAGUUUAUCCCAGUCAGCUGAAAAUGUUCCUCCUAGUAAAUUCAGCUUACAGAAAACACUAAGUAUGCCAUCUGGUCCUUCAGGAAAAAGAUGGAGCAAAGACAGCGACUGUGCUGAGAACAUGUAUAUUGACAUGAUGCUAUGGAGGCAUGCUCGGCGUCUUUUAGAAGAUGUGCGUUUAAAGGAUCUUGGCUGUUUUGCAGCACAGCUCGGCUUUGAACUAAUUAGUUGGCUCUGCAAGGAACGUACCCGAGCCGCCCGGGUAGACAAUUUUGUGAUAGCCUUGAAGAGACUCCACAAAGACUUCCUGUGGCCACUUCCCAUUAUCCCAGCCUCUUCUAUCAAUUCCCCUUUCAAAAAUGGAAAAUACCGAACAGUGGGAGAGCAGCUGUUGAAGUCCCAAGCAGCAAACCCUUUUUUAAGCCUUGAAAUUGACACUGGUAUCUCUAAUAUCCAACGAAGUCAAAGCUGGUUUAGCAACAUUGGCCCUACCCAUCAUGAGACAGACACAGCUUCAUCCCAUGGGCCACAGAUGCAAGAUGCCUUCUUGUCUCCGUUAUCUAAAGGAGAUGAAUGCAGCAUCGGGUCAGCCACAGACUUAACUGAGAGUAGCUCCAUGGUGGAUGGGGACUGGACGAUGGUGGAUGAGAAUUUUUCUACACUCAGUUUGACUCAGUCAGAGCUAGAGCAUAUCUCCAUGGAGCUGGCGAGUAAAGGGCCUCACAAAUCCCAAGUGCAACUGCGGUAUUUGCUGCACAUUUUCAUGGAGGCAGGAUGUCUGGAUUGGUGUAUUGUCAUUGGCCUGAUUCUUCGAGAGUCUUCAAUCAUCAGUCAGGUUUUGACUAUUUCCCAGUCAUCAGAGGUGGAUGGAGAGAUGUUACAGAACAUAAAGACAGGGCUGCAUGCAGUGGACCGAUGGGCCUCCACAGACUGUCCGGGAUAUAAGCCAUUUUUAAACAUUAUUAAGCCACAACUGCAGAAGCUCAGUGAGAUAACAGAAGAACAGGUCCAGCCUGAUGCCUUCCAGCCAGCAGCCAUGGGUAAGACUUCUGAACAAACCAGCCCCAGGGCAGAGGAAAAUAGGGGCUCUUCCUGCCAUGGAAGCAUCGCCCAAAUUGAAGCUGGUGGUAACAGUGUGGUCAGCCGGAAAGAAGAGGACAUAACCAGUGGAGAUGAAGAGGAACAUUUUCAGGAUGGGACUUACGACUGUUCUGUGUCCUAACAACAGUGAGUAGCAUCAUGAUAGGCAGUAUUAAUUAGCACAGUGUAUAUCUGAGUACACUGUGACCUAGGUGAGUGACUAAUGGGAAAGACCUUGGCCUAGAGACUCUUCGGCUAAAGUAUUAUAAGAUUUUAAUGAACUCUGUCUAAGAAACCUCUUUGACUUCAUAAAAAUGUGAUAUCAAAGCAUCUUUCAUAAUUUUUUAAGCUGCAAUAGAAAGUAAUAAAGAAUAUUAUACAGAUGUACAUGAGAAUAUUUUGGUUUUAUUGAAAUCUUGGUUAGCUGUUAAAUCAUAGGGAUUGUUUUAUUUAACCCAGUUAAGCUUACUUUUUCACUACUUAUAGCUUUCUAUGUUUUUUGAUUCAGUGUGUGUCUAGAUGGCUUUUUAAAAACUAAGGUGCUUACUGUAGCUCCUCUAGUACUUGAGCUACCUAUUGCUUCCUUGGAUAGAGCCCGCUGGACUCCCAAGCUAGUCCAUCCUUCCGAAUAGAUGUCUGCCCUUGCACAGUGUUGCCAGUGGAGUGGAGAUAUAUUUUUGGCUUUACUAGCCUGAUAAAUCCCAGUCAUGAAUUGAUAGAAGCUAUUUACCUGUAAGUUAAUAUGCCUGCUGUAGCAAGUAUGAUUGCUACUAGCACAGUGUGGGUAGAGGUGUGAGGGAUUCUUAGCAAUUAUAUAGACACCACUGAACUAUUUUGAAUCAAAGAACUGUAUCUUUUUGUGAAUACUCUUCUUCUGUAAAUAUACCCAAAGGAACUAUUCAUAUUUUUAAAGCUUGUAUUAUAGUUUGUAAGGUUUUAUGCUGGGUUCUGCAUGACCAUAGAUACUCACUCUUGGAAUUAAGAGGGCUUGCUCUUCCCAAAAAUGAGUCUUCAGAAAGGAAGACAAGAUUUUUGGCUCGGUUGUAAAGUAACAGAAGUGGACCCACUGAUCAUGAAGUGGAAGAGGUUUUGUGCAAAUUAGUUUCUUAUUUAUUGCUUUUGUAAACUGAAUAAAAGUGGACUUUUAUGUAAAUAGAUUGCCAGAUCCUGUAUCAUCAUGGCUACUAAAAAUUAUGUAAAAAUGCAUUCUUCACUGUAAACUUUUAAAAUAUUUUAUGUAUUUCUAGAUAAAUUUUAAUUUUCAUACAUUAUGAAAACUACAUACUUAAUUUCUUCUGACUAAACACAUAUCCACUGUAUGUAAUUCUAAUUACCUAAUAGUAUUAAUUCAGCUUGUUUUUACUGUGCAAUUUGAACAAGGAAUGCAAUGUUAUUUUUAUAAGAACUUGUUUAUUUUUAUAAAAGUGUAUUUGAUGUGGACCAAAUUCCUACCACUAUGUAAAACAGCCUCUCUUAUAGUACAAUUAUAAUUUAGAAAUAAAACUUGGUCCUCUAUCCUUGCUUUUUAAAGUAAAUAGGUAAACUUAAUUGUCCUAAACAAACUUCCAUUAAAGGGAAACAAUCAUUUUUAAAUUUCUCAUUUCAAAAUUCAUAACUGUUAAAAUUACUGAAUUUGGUAAUUUACUGUUAUUUACUUUUUACACUAGAAGUGCAAUAAUUUCAGAUAAUAAAACUCCUGAGUGGGUAGAGUAUGUGACUUGGUACUUGGUGCUACUUUUAAAUCUUUGUUUUAAACCACCCUUUUUGGAAUCUUAAGACAGAAAAUGUUUCUCAUUAGAGUUCAUACAUUAAAACUAAAAACUGAACUGAUUUUUCUUCUGUCCUGUUCCACUAGGAAGAACCAGCAUUACUUUUGUAUUUAGUCGAUUUCUAGUGUGCACAGUGAAUAAAAAUGAUUGAUCAUUA